UACCAACCGUCCAACUUAUGGUAUUCUGACUCGCGAAGAUAGCAACCGAAGCCCAAACUGGGCCGUCGGAAGGUUUAAAAGGCCCCUCCUCUGGUCCCCGUCCCCUCACCCUUCUUUCCCUCCUUCCACCACCACCCCCCUUCUGCCUUCUUCCCUUACUAUGCUCUCUGCGACUGAGCUGCCCUCUUGUCGAUGUAUACCACUCAUCAACGUCUUCUACCCUCGGCCGUAAGCCUCGACGACUUCUACGCCACAUUUAUCCAAGUCUGUGGGCAUCCCUCAGGUCCGCCGUCUCUGCCUUGUUUCUCUUGUUUCUCUGCUGUCCCUCUACUUGCCCGCCUUAGCGUGAGUGAGGCUAAGGCAGUUUUACAUGUCCUGGACUUCCCCACCAACGUUCGUCAAGAUACCUCUAGACCUCAAGAGUCGACGACGAGGUCGAGCCUCAAGACCGUUGGCGACAUCUCUGGCGACACUGUGGCUGGCGGCACUCUGGGGCGACACUCUGGGGCGACAUUUCUCUGGCGACACCCUCUGGCGACAUCUCUCUGGGCUUGUUUGGCUUGUAUCUUCUCCUCUGCUCUGGUGUCUUGGCUCUGGCUCUGGCUCACGGUCGACAUACUGGUCAAGGUUCAAGCCAUCAUCAAGAGGGGUUCGAGAGUCGAAUACGACAUCCAAUACUUCGGACGCUAUCGGGUCGGUCAGGUUUCUAGCUUGCUGUGCUCUGGCUUGCUCGCUCUUUCGGUCUUCCUCUCGGUAUGUUCGCCGCUCGUCCAUAGGUACGUCCUCAGGGUUCGGGAGUCGAAAGCUCGGGAUUUUCCUUAUCUGAUAUAGACUUUUCCGCUGACAUUUAGAACGGAGCAGAGCACCAAGCUCUAGUGGAAGACAUCUCAUCCGAGAUGUAUUACGCUGAGUUUCUCGCCUCUCACAUUCAUAUGUUUUGCUGACCAACGACGGGGCGUGUACGUCCCCGUCUUAUUCGUGGUAGAUAGUCGUAGUUGUACUAUGUAUUAUAAACAUGAUAAUCGAAU